AUGAAAAGCGUUAUUAGUAACGUAAAAAAUAAAAUAAAAAAAGGUGCUGUAAAUAAAGUUCUUAAAAAUAAUGUUAUUGAUUCAAAAAAUACAGAUCAAAUUCUUGAUGUUAUUGAUAAAACAAAAAAAAAUUCUUCUGGAAGUGAAACAGAAGAUAACACAGAUUCAUCAUUAGAUGUAACAACAUCUGAGAAAGAUUAUAGUGUUGCUUCAACAUGUAAUCCUAAUGAUUCAAUUGGUGAUAGUGAACAUUCAACAGGUGAUAGUAGUACAAAUUCUUUAACUGGUUCUGAAUGGGACACGUCAACAAUAAGUUCUUCAGACUCUGAUUAUGGAAAUAAAGAGAGAAAUAAGUUAAAAAAUAAAAAAAGAAAAAAUUUAGCAACAGAAACAAUAAAUCAAGAUAAUCAGUAUGAUGUGUUUGCUGAAAAUCCAACCAUACAACAUAAUUUUUUUGUACUUGUUCGUGUAAUUGAGGCAAAAGAUUUAGCUAAUGAAGAUAUUGAUCCAGUUGUAAAAGUUAUAUUAGAUGGAAAAAAUAGGAAAACAAAUAUUUUUAGGAGAACUAAUUCUCCAGUAUUUAAUCAAACAUUUACAUUUAAGUUAAAAGUUAAUUUAGAACAGUUAACUUCAAAGAAUAUUGACUUUUCUUUGUACUGUGCUAAAAAAUUUUUUAAAGAUUCUGCUAUUGGUUCAUUUAAGUUGAAUCUUGGUUUAGUAUAUAGACAAAAAGAUCAUGUCUUAAGACAAAAAUGGUUAUCAUUAUCUUCACCUAAAUUAGAUGAAGAUGAUGGUGAAGCAUCUGAUGUAUGUGGAUUUUUAAAAGUUUCUGUCUCUGUAUAUCAUGAAAAUCAAACACCACCUAGUUUAACAGGUAAAGAUAAAGGAAAUGAAAAUGAAGUUUUACAGUCUGGUCAAAAUUUGAAUCAUCACAUAAGAGUUAGAUUAUUUAAAUUAUGCCAAUUAGCAGAUUUUAUAAGAUAUCCAGGUAAAAACUCAAAACAACCUGGAGAAUUAGGUAUAGAAGUUAAAAUUGGUAAAAAAAUAAUUCAAAGUGAAUAUGUUGUUGCAGAAAAUAAUUCUAUAGAUUUUAAUGAAGAAUUAUUAAUUCCUAUUUCUUGGCCAUCAGUUGUUAAUGAAAUACGCUUUCGAGUUAUAAUGAAAAGAAAAAAAUGGAGGAAACGUGUCCUUUUAACAGCAUCCAUUUUAAUGAAUGAUAUAUGUAAAUGUGGUCUUAAAGGAUUUUUACCAACUUUUGGUCCAUCAUACAUAUCCUUUUAUGGGCCUGAUAAAAUUAAUAGUACAUUAUCAAUAUUUGAUAUUAAAGAUAUUAGCCAAGGUAAAAUUGAAGGGACACUUUUUUGUGGUAGACUUUUUUUAGAAAUACAAACAUUUGAAGAAUAUUUAAAAAGUUCUACUUCUACAUUUCUUCCUAAUUUAGUUGUAUCAAAUACAAAAGUAUAUCAAAACUAUGUUUCAUAUGUUCUUUUUGUAUCUUUUUAUGCUGUCAAUCAAAUGCACCCUGAUUUUAAAGAUAAAUUAAUUCAUUUUACAGUUUCUAUUGGAGAGUAUGGAAAUGAUGCUUAUAAUUCAAUACCAAAUAAUUCUAAUACAACACUUCCUGUUCAACCUAUGUAUGAUGGUAUUCAAUAUUAUUCUAUGCCAUGGGGAAAUUAUAAACCAAUUUGUGAAUUACCAUGUAUAUUUGAAGAUGUUGGUUACAGAAUUAUUGAAUCAAAUCUUCUAUCAACUAUUCACCAAUAUAUUUUAACUUUUCGUAGUAAACUUCAAAUGAUAAUUCGAUCAAACCCUGAUAAUUCAUUACUUGCUGAUAAAACAUUAGAAUGUAUACAUGAAGUGACAGAAGCUUUAAAUUUUUUAAAUGAUUGGAAUAGAAAUACUGUAAUAAAAAAUAUUGGUUUAAAAAUGACAACUUUAGAUUUAAAUCAACAAGAAUCUCGAUUUGCUAAUCUUCAAGCUCUUGUUAAAGAAUUUGAUUUUUUUAAAAAUGAUAAAAGUGAUAUUGAUGAUUUAGGUGAACUUUGUAUAAAUCUUUUAUCAUGUUGUGCUGAUAAAUUUAAAAAACUUAUGAGAGAUGUACAAAUAUCAAUACCAGAUGUUGUUAUAACAAUGUAUUGUAAUUAUAAAUCAAUUGGUUUCAUAAAAUUACCUAUAUGUGAUAUGUUUUUUAGUAGUUCUAAAGAAACAACAGGUAAUGGUAAUUCUAUUGGUAAAAUUAAACCAUAUUUAAUGAAAAGAAUUAAUCAAAAAAAAACUAAAUAUAAAGAAGAUGAUAUUCCUUGUGUAAUUCAUUUAAAAACUUUUUUUGGUUAUGAAAAAGUAAGAAAUAAUUUUGAAAAAAUAUUACAACCUGGAGAGUUACGUUAUUAUGUAGAAUAUUUUGAAAAUCAACAAAGAAAAAUAUUUAGUGAUGAAUGGAGUCAAACAAAAAAAAAUCCUUUUGGUACAACUGAUGUAACAGGUAAAAUUCCUAUAUAUGAAGAUAGUAUUUUACCACCAUCUGGUUGGAAUUUUAAAGGUAAAUGGGAAGUUAAAAGAUGUCAUGAUAUAUGGAUUGGAGCAGAUGUUGGACAUAAUAAAUUUGAAGAUGAAAUGUUUGAAAAUCAAAAAAAAGUAGAAAAAGAAUGGGAAUUUUAUGGUUUUACAGAUUUUUAUGGUAAUGAUAUUGAUCCUGAAUGUAUUAAUAAACCUCCAAAAGGAUGGAAAUAUGAAGAAAAUUGGAAAGUUGAUAAAUUUUGUCCUGGUGAUAUGCAUGGUUGGUGUUAUUCAAUGGCUCCAGAUUUAUGGAGUAGACCUAAUGAAUGUGAUAUUAAUGAAAAAUUUACACAUCUUUAUAAAAGAAGAAGAUUAAUAAGAAGAAGAGUUUUAAUUGUUGAUUCAAAAAGAGAUAAAGCUGAAGAAUUAUUAUCAUUUAAAGAAAAACUUUCUGAAUCUGGUUGGGAAUAUGCCAAAAAAUUUGGUGACAUAUUACAUGUUCUUUGUAGUAGUUCUGAUCGUUUUAGAAGAAGAAGAUAUAUAAGAGAGAUGGUUAGAAAAAAUCCAAAUGCUAAUUUAGAAAUUCUUGUUAAUAAUAAUAAUACUGAUAUUAGUAAUAAUGUUGUUGGUGCAAGAAUUUAUGAAAUUCAUAGUACAUGUAACAUUUACCAACUUCGUGUAUAUAUUUUAUGGGGACGUGAACUUUUAAAUAAUGCUAAAAAUGUUAAUUCAGUAUUUGUAAGAGUAACAUAUAUUCAUAAAUCACAAGAAACAAUACAUACACAAAAUUGUUUAAAUCCAAUUUGGACUGAAACAUUAAUUUUUGAAAAAAUUUUAAUUCCUGGUAGUGUAAAUUCAAUGAUGUCUAAUCCUCCUAUUCUUCUAGUUGAAAUUAUUGGAAGAGCAUCUAAUGAGGUAGAAAUAUUUUUAGGACGUUUUAAUAUUAAACCAAAUUUUAUAUUAAAACUUCAUCAAAAUAUAACAAAACUUAAUUGGCAUGCUUUAGAAUUACCAGGUAAUGAAUUUCAUGGAAGUUUAUUAUUAGGUGCAGAUUUAAUAAUGCUUGAUAAAAAAAAUACUACUUGUUUUAUUGAUUUUCCUCCAUUAAAAAAACUAUAUGAAGAUCGUUAUGAUAUACCUUCAUAUAUAAUGCCAACAUUUACAAAAUAUAAUGUUCAAAUGUUAUGUUGGGGAGUUAGAAAUUUAGCUAAACAUAAAAUGUUAUCUGUAAAAAAACCUUUUGUUGAAGUUUCUAUUGGUGAUGUAAUGGAUAGUACAAAUAUUAUAGAAGGAAUUAAAAAAAAUCCUAAUUUUACUAAACAAUUGAUAUAUUUUCAAGAAAUUAUUCUUCCAGAAAAAUUAUAUUUUGCUCCACCAAUAAUGUUAACAUUAAAGGAUAAAAGAAUUUUUGGAUCAAAACCUAUUGUUGGAAUAUCUUUAAUACAAAAUUUUAAUAAAUUUGAAAUUAAACCAGGUUCUAUGAGAGAAAAAAUUGAGGAACAUUUAUGGGAAAAGUAUGAUAAAGUUAUUAGUUUAGAACUUCAAGAAUAUGAAAAAAUGUUAUCAAUUUUAAAUAUUGAGAAAGUUGAUGAAUCAAAUUUUGUAAAUAAUAUACGUGUUGAUUGGUGGUCUAAAUAUUAUUUUUCUAUUAAUGAAAAUGAUAAAUGUAAAGGAUAUAAAGAUACAGGAUUAGAAAGUUUAAAUGUAUAUCAGCAAGCAUUAGAAGAUUCAGAUGAUUUUAAAGGUUUUACUGAUUUUCUUCAAACAUUUAAAUUUAAAAAAAUUCAAAAAAGUAAUACAUAUAUACAGAAAGAACAAGUUAAAGGAGAAUUAAAAGGUAAAUUAAUAAUUUCAAAAUGUUUGAAAGGAGAAAAAAAUAAUUAUGUUGAUUUGGAUAGUAUACCGGGAAUAGAAUUUCAGAAACCAGAAAAAUGUCUUAUUCGUGUAUAUGUUGUUAGAGCUCAUCAACUUGUAAGUAACCGUGGUCAUGAUACUUGUGAUUCAUAUAUAUCAAUAAGAUGUGGUAAUUCUAAAAAAAUUUCAUUGAAAAAAGAGUAUAUAUCUGAUACAACAGAUCCAAUUUUUGGACAAGUUUUUGAAACAGAGAUUUGUAUACCACAAGAAAAAGAUCUUCAAAUUACGGUAAUGGAUAAUAGAAGAUUUUCAUUUGAUGAAGAAAUAGGAAGUACAACAAUUGAUUUAGAAAAUCGACUUUUAACUAAAUACCGUGCUACAAUUGGUUUAUGUAAAAAUUUUAAUAUUUUUGGUCCAAAUAUCUGGAGAGAUCAAAUAACUCCUUUAGAAAUACUUAAAAAAUAUUUAAAUAAGAUGUGUUUAGAAGUACCAGAAUUAAUCCAAGAUUCUAAAAAAGGUUUUGGAAUGAAAUUACUUGGACAAACAUUUUAUUUAAAAGAGGAAGAAACAAAAAAUAAAUUAACAAGUCAAUUUGUUGGAAGUCCUUAUCAAAGAUUAGCUUUAAUAGUAUUACAUCGUAUUGGUUUAGUACCAGAACAUAUUGAAACAAGACCAUUAUAUAACUCUGUUAAUAAAACAAUAGAAUGUGGUAAACUUGAAUUAUUUGUUGAUAUUUUUCCUACAAGUUUUGGUACAAUUCCACCCCAAAUAAAUAUAAGUAAAAGAAUUCCAGAUAAAAUGCAAUUAAGAAUUGCUAUAUUUGGAACUAGACAUGUUUUGUUAACUAAAAAAGUUGCUGGACAAUUUUCUACAGAUAUGUAUAUAAAAUGUUUAUUAAAUGGAACAGAAAAAGCUGUUUCAACAGAUGUUCAUUACAAUGUUAAAAAUGGACGUGGAAGUUUUAAUUGGAGAUUUGUAUUUGAUAUAAAUUAUAAUGUUUGGGAAGAGGUAUUAGUUUUUUAUAAAAGAAAAAGAUUAUUUAGAAAAAAAUCUGAAUUUACAACUGAACCAUAUUUAAUAUUAGAAAUAUGUGAUAAUAAAAGAUUCAAAAAAGAUUCAGUUAUUGGAAAAUGUAAAAUUGACUUACUUAAUAUUGAAAAAGGUACAUUAGAUCUAAAUGAUUUUUAUGAUGAAAAUGAUGAAUAUAAUAUGGAAAAGAAAAAAUCAUGUUUUUCAAGAAUUUGUUGUGACUGUUCUGGUGGAUGUUGUUGUAAGAAAAAAAAUAAAAAGUUAUAUGGCUAUAGAAGAGCACCAAGAUACGUUGAAGUUCCACAUACUGGACCAAUUGUUAGUAUAAUGGAAAAGCAAAGUAUUAGAGGAUGGUGGCCAUUUAUUUCAGAAAAUGUUCCAGAUAAAUUUAGAAAUAAUUCAAUUGGUCAUAGGAAAAAAUUUGAUACAGUUGUUGAUUCAGAUGAUGGUUACAGUAUUCUUAGGGAUAAUACAAAAAAAGGAGAAUUUAUAAAAAUAAAAGAUAAUGGAACUGAGAAACCAAAAUAUGUAACAGGGUUUUUAGAAAUGGAUAUAAGUAUAAUAUCAUCUGAAGAAGGAAAAAAGAAUCCAGUUGGAAAAGGAAGAAAAAAACCAAAUCACAGUCCAUUUCUUCCAGAUAGAAUUCGUGGAAAAUGUGACAGCUUUUUUCUCCUAAAUAGAAUAAAAGUUUACUGUAGCAAGUUAUGCAGUAAAAAAAUUUUUUGGUCGUGUUGUUGUUGUUUAAUAUGCAUUUUAUUAUUAAUUGGUUUUAUAUUAGCUUUGGCAGAACUUCCAAGCAUUUUAGCUAAAAAAAUAGUUUAA